AUGACAAAGGAGAAGCAACGCGAUAACCCGAAAUUCUCGUUUCUUUACGGUGGUGAAUUUUGUGAUUAUUACUACCAUAAGGUUGAAGAGGAGCGUAGUCUAAUUUUGAAGCAGCAGCAACAGUUGGGUCCUGGCGGUCCUAACGUAAGUGACUUGCCAUUUUUGUUAUUAGACACAAAGUUUUAUUUUGUGCGAACAGCGGCAUAUUUUUGACUCCAACUGUUUCCUCUCUCAAGUAUCAGUGGGGAGGGGCUGGUAGAAUGGACCGACACUAUGGUCGGGCGCCGCCAUGGGACGACAGGUCGGGUGGCGGUGUCUCAGCGCCUAACUGGCAGCGUUACGGCUCGCCGUCAGGUGGUGGGCCUCAUGGUUGGCAGCAAUCCCCUGGAGCCUGGUCUCACCCUGCUCCCCCGCCUCCCUGGUGCCCACCAAGACCGGGCGUCAUGGGAACUCCUUCGGCCUAUCCUGGUCCUGAUGGUGUACCCUCCGCCCCGUUUCCACCGCCACCACCACCAUCGCACAUCCCACCUCGCGUGUUUGGAUACCCUCCUCAUCCUGGCUUUCCAAGUAUGCCCACACCAGUCGAUGACGCGAAUUCCUACCAACGACCGCCUGCAUCUCAUUCCUUUAGCGAGGCGGACGUUAAGAAUAGUGAAGAAAAUUUGAAGGCUCAACACGACAGCAUUAUGGAGCAGAAAGCAGAGGCGAUUCGCCGGUGCAUUAAUGAAGCUCGAGAGCAAGCUAUUAAAGCUCAGUGCGACAAAUUGGACGUCUCGUUGCCGGAAAUCAAUAACGUAAGAAAAGUGGGAUAUUUUAUUUAGCAUGCUUCUGGUCGUACUUCAACUCCUCUCUUUUUAUAUUUAACCACAGCUUUACUUACUUUGGCAGUUAUUUGUUUUCUUGAAAAUCAUACAACGGCCGUGUUAAUGACUGUUUUCGAAAGAAGUCCUGCUUUGUUAAUCCUUCUCGCAGAAAUAUGCGAGCAUCAAGGUUUGCCCUUUAAAUAAGUAAUUUAGCCUCGUCGGUGUUGGCCCUUUGUUGCCCUCCCACCCUGCCGAUGAGAAAAAUUGGAUCUAGCUCAUGCCUCGGCCAAAAUUGUUACGAACCAGCAGCUCACUAUGCAGCAUUUUUUUUCCAGUAGACACCUACCAAAAUCUGGCCUUCUAUUGUGUUUGAAACCAUUAAAGAAGUACAGUUUUCAGCUGCAGCAAUUAAGGGUCAGCUUUUGCCUCUUGACUCCAUGUGAACUUGCCAUUUCACAUUCUCCUCAAUUGUCGGACACUUAUAAGUAGAUAGGGAUUGUAGAAAUAUCCUAUUCUUAACUGCGUCUUAGUUAUAGGAAUCAAUUCACAUCAAGGGAUAUUUCUUGCAGAAAUAAUUUUACACUCAACUGCCAUUUAGCGGCAAUUUUUUAAACGCAAACUGUAGGAAACGGGGAGGUCGUAAACUUAUGCCACCGAGCGGAGUCUGAGAGGAGGAGAUAUUGAUAAAUCGCAUAGGUGGUUGAACUCCUAGCCGGGAAGACGGGCUGCCCGUUAGCAUAGCUGCUUGCUACCCGGCGCGUCCACAGGUGGCAGAUAAUGGAAGGGCCCUCAGUGAAGGCUAGCGGAGAAAUAAGUGGAUCCAGGCCUGACGAAUAAGCAGUCGCGGACCAGCAGCGACAGUGCUACCUGGGUGCGGAGGGCUGAUGUCUGGAGCACUGAAAGCCUUAUAAAAAACGCCGCAAAACCAGAUGACGACACUGUGACAUGACGAUCGCGGACCGCCAUAAGUUUGUUUGCCGCCUCUGCCUUGUGGUUAGGCUUUUAAGCCAAAGCCCUCGAGGAGACAACCUCAAACAAACAAUUUGAGCGGCUGUUGGGGACCCGCCUGUAUCCGAAAUUCCUAAAAAAACCUCAUGAAAUAUGUGCAGUAUCACGACCCAUGCUACAGCGUCCGCGGGAACCGACGCGCCCCGGAACCUUGGUCCAAUGUUGCGGGCGAAUAGUAUUCGAGCUGGACAACUCAAUCGGAGACGGACUCUUGAUAGUGGAUUCUGGAAUGUACGAAUGUUACUGGACCCUGGUACCCAAAGUCUGACCAUGCGCAGCUUUAAUCGGUACAAUGUGAAUGUCUGCUGUCUGUAUGAAGUUCGAUUUCCUAACUCAGGCCCUCGAGAAAUAAAGAUUCCUGGAAUCGGCUCACACUUCACCCUAUACCACACCGGCUCACGCGACUUUUCUGGCAGACACGGUGUGGCAAUCGCUGUCUCGAAUCAAACGGACCUCGCAUGCUUGGGAACCUAUCAAUGACCGUAUGACCUACAUACAAAUGAAGGGUCACUUCACCAACAUCUCCCUUGUCUCUGUGUACGCACCACCUUCAGCAGCAAAACAGCACGAUAAAGAGGCGUUUUACUCGCAGCUUCAAGCGUUAGUUGACAGACACCCUCGCCGUGAUCUACUGAUUGUUGCUGGAGAUUGGAAUGGUCGGACUGGACCCGACGACUCCAUAAAUAGUCAUCUUAUUGGCCGCUUUGGGCGUGGUGCUCGAUGUGAAAAUGGCGAGAGAUUGCUGAGCUUCGCUGAUCAGAUCCGACUUCUUGUCAUCAGCACGUGCUUCCAGCAUCGCAAGAAACAUCUGCUGACCUGGUAUUCAAACGACGGUCAUACGGCCAGCCAGAUUGACUACAUCCCAGUCAACUCAAGAUUCCGCAGCUGGGUUCACGAUAGCAGAGCGAUGCGUGGUGCGGAGAAUGGUAACGCCCAUGGGUCCGACCAUGUCCUCGUUCGUACACACUUGAAAGUUCGCCUCUCACCCGCGCCAAAAGUGCCUCGUCCUAGACGCCUCGAUUUCAAAAAACUCUGGCACGGUCCUGUUUUACGACCCGAGUCGACAGUGAAGGCAGUAACCAGUGGUCGUCACCGAAAACAUCAGUCUAUGGGACAGCUGAUAAUAUCCUCUGAUAUACCCAGCCACGCCGCAGUGACUGGAUCAACGUAAGAACCCUGCAGUUGUCUGCUCUGACGGCUGGAGCUAGAUCCCGUAAUGAUGAUUCCUUCCGCCGACUUCGAAAGAUUACGGUAAGGUCGACAAGGAAUGACCGGAAGCAAUAUUGAGCUGAAAUAACGACCACAAUGGAACAGGUCUCGAACGUUGGUGACACUCGAAAACUCUACCAACCUAUCUGCCAGGAUAGUGGUAAACCCUCUACACAGAGUGGCUCCGUUCGCGACGUGAAUGGCGCCCUUAUUGCCGACAUCUCGGCCACAAUCGAGCGUUGCGUGGGCACUUCGAACACCAUCUCAGCUUCGAUACCUAACCCACCACGCCCUUGGUCUCCUCUGGAGCGGAGUUUCUUCCCUCUCCAAACUGUGCAGUGUCAUACGACCCCCUUCUGAAGGAGAAAUCGCCUAUUCCAUACGAAAGCUACACAACAACAAGGCACCCGGAGGGAACGAUAUACCCGCUGCAAUCUACAAAUCUUGUGUCGAUACUCUGGUGCCCUGGUUCAGUGAGGUGAUUGAACAAGCGUGGGGAGACGCGGUUGUUCCCGAUCGUUGGGGUUCAAGGAUCCUUGUACCUAUCCUCAAGGCAAGAUGCGAGAACUACCGCAGCGUGAGCCUCAUCGACGUCGCUCCGAAGGUCAUCGCCGUCGUCCUACUCAGGCGAUUCCAGGCUGUGCGUGACUAUAGGACAAGGCCUGAGCAAGCCGUUUUUAGUGCUGGACGUGGAUGCGCGAACCAGGCAUUCACACGAAGGCGUAUUCUCGAAUCUCGUCAUAGCUACCAGCAACCGGCGGCCGUCUACUUUGCUGACUUUGCUGCCGCUUUCGAUUCCGUCCAUCGUGAGUUCCUCGUGUGCGGAUAAUGACACUAGAUGGCGUACCGCCAAGACUAUCGCCAUGCUUAAGGCCUAUUAUCGAUCAACCACUGCGAGAGUUCUAAUCCACAACAAUCUUUCCGGACCGUUUGAUAUUAGGUCUUGGCGUUCGACAGGGUUGCAUCCUGCCGCCCAUUCUGCUCAACUAAACUCGGUAGGACCCUAUACGGAGGUGACGGUAUUGAGUUUAAACCCGGAAGCCCACUGACUGGUCUCGAUUAUGCCGGUAGUAUUACCAUACUUGCCGCAAGUUUUGGUGAUCUGCAGUCUGUGGUGUCACGGGUAAAUAAAACCGUUAAAUCGGUCGGUUUAUCCAUAAACGCUGGGAAAACUAAAGUGUUUUCAAGCUGCAUCCCUGACCAGGAGAAGGCACCUCUCGGGACUGAUGGCUGUAAAUUUGAAGAAGUAGACCGUUUUAAAUACCUCAAGGCAAGGCUGCUACCGAAUGGACAAAGUGAGGACGAAAUUGUCUCCCGAAUUUAUGCUGCCCGCCGGGUCUUAAGCUUUAGAAAAUGCCCAUGAAUCCGACGUGAAAUCUCCAUCGCCACUAAGAUUCGCGCGUAUCAUGCAUCUGUCCGGUCUGUCCCUCUCUAUGUUUGUGAAUGCUGGCCUGUGCGCGUGGAGGACGGGCGAAAAAUUGGGAGUAUUUGAGCACCACUGCUUGGAGACGAUCCUUCGAGUGAAGUACACCGACUUCGUCUCAAAUGAGACAGUCCGCACUCGCCGCGACAAUAUCGCAAGGUUAUCUGUGGCCAUCCAAACAUGCGACUGAGGUGGUUUGGGAAUAUUCUUCGUCGUUCACCUCAGGAUCUCAGUGUUACUACCCUCGAUCCGGCACCGUUACUCCAUUGGAGGCGUUGAAGAGGGGGUCAACUCAAAUGCUGGCUCGAGACAGUUCAUCAGGACAUGGAGGUGGUUCUCGGACCUUCGGUAUUCGGUCUCCGUCGUUGGUGAAGAGAACGGAUUGAGCUGUCUAGAUCUGCUGCCUUGGAUCGUUACGCAUGGGGAGGUACAGUUCGAGAUAUCAUCGAGGCCGGCUAAAUCAGACAUGAUCACAGCCGUACUAAGUGCGAGUACAAGUAAGUAAACCUGCGCGAAUCAUGAGGUCCGCCGUUCGGUACUGUCCUACUACCCAGGCCUGUGACCUCCUCAGCUUCCUGUAUUUUGCAUCGAGAAAGUAGUUGCUACUUUCAAGAGUAGCAGACCUACGAGUUUUAUCUAAGUAACAACGUUAUUUUAUGCCCCAAUCGCAUCAUUCACGUUCGUAUAGGAAUUCGAAUUAUCCGCUUCAAAAUUCUUUUGUAAUUACAGUCCCUUUGCUGCCAUUUCAGGUAGUUCAGCCCCUGAUUGAAUCCUGCACCAAAGAGAACAUUGCAAAGGGCAAGAACUGGGCUGUGGACCAGAUGUCAAAAAGUGAGGAUCUCACAAGUCUGAUGGGAGAAUAUUUACUCUAUCGUGUGGCCAGCACAGACGCCACCUUCGACCUUCGCUUGCACAUUGUUUACUUGUUGAAUGACCUUCUCCACCACAUUAAGCGCCGAGGUGUGACAUCCCACUUUCAGGUAAGUUUUUCUGCCAACUUAACUUAUACCGUCAAAUAAUAGGGGCAAUUAAUCACUUUUCUCCUUUACCGAAAUGCCAACUUGAGAUAUCAAGUGACAUGCCUGUUGCGCCUACUUGCUACCUCCGUAGGAUGCAAAAGAGGGUCCUGCACGAAUAAAUGACCCGACCCAACACCCACGUAUGGCUCUUGUAGAAAAACGUGACGAUCGAGGUGAGGGGCGGUUGGAGCUACGCCGCUGCACUGACUCAUGGCAUGUGUUACUCUGGCCGUGCUGAGUCUGUGUGGGACCAUGAAGAAUAGCCAUGCGUGCAUAUCGUGCACGUUAGACAAGGGCUCACUUUGCGUUAAACACCUUCCAGUCUUGUCAUCAGCUGGCUGACAGGCCAAUACCGGCGAUUGGGAGACGAGAGAGAGAAGCUGAUGUCAAGGCACCUUUCUUCAUCGAAAUUUGGCACGUUAUUGUCCAUCAUAAACCUGAUAAACAUGAAACUCAAGAUGCACUAAGAGUUGUGACCUGAACGAUUGCAACCGCGCACAAUUCCGUCUCUAGGCGCUUGUCACUGGGACAUGGAAGAGGAACGAGGGAGUGUGCUCGACCAAUUUCGGGCCCUGCUCUUAGUUCCUUAUUAGCAACGAUAUACGCUUUUAAGCUGUCACAUGUUAACAGUUAUGGCUGGAAAGGAACUCGGCCGAGGGCCAGGUUGCAACGGCUCCCUUAGUGUGACCAUUUACCCACUUGCACGAUGUUCAAGCAAUGAUCACACCAAGUGCGACGAUCCCGGAUGAAGGGGGGAGCCGUAAAUGUUCAUAGGUAUGCGGUAGCAUGGCUAAUGCAUCCUAUAAAUACCGCAGCCCCUUGUGCAACAACCACCCGUUUCUGCUUUUUUGCCCCUGAUGAUGGAUUCGAGUAGGAAUCCGAAACGUCAGGCUAAUAAAGGUCUUUUCCCGACGAUCGUGUCUCCUUCGUCAAGCUCUCCCUUGUAUCCUAGUACCCAUGAGUUUAGUUACCGGGCAGUGAGUGGAACGCGUGGCCGGACCCUUCAUUUUGCUAGCCACGCCGCCCAUGCCCGUCUCCAGUCGCUAUGUUCAGCGGAGCAUAGUUGAUGUGAGAAUAAUGAAUGAACUGGAUGCAUCGCAGGUCUGAUUCACUAUAAAAAUAUUCAUUUACAGAUCAUCACUUUGUCCUCAAAAGUGGCGAAUAUACGGUCAAACUAUUGAAUGAAUGUAAAGAUGUCAAUCUUGUCUCUUGCUGGAUGGCUUAUACUGGUAUUCUCGUUCACCUGAUUCAUGGGGUUCCCCGGAAAUUCUAGGCCCAGAUGAAUCCAGUGGUAACCCUACGUUCUACUUAUUGGUAUGAGAGCAAAGUAGGAUCCUUCUUGAAGUUGGGAAUGCAGGAUAUUUCUGGAGAUCGCAAGAGAGGUCGUAAGUAUCAAAGUAGCUCACGCUCUUUGCCGGAAUGCCCUGGUAGACAGCCUUUCUGAGAAAGUAGCCAUGAGCUUUUCCUCCUUGACAGGUGUGGGAUUCGAAAGUGCAUAGGGUAAUUUUUACGUAUGACUGAUAGCUUACAGCAAAAGAAACCCGUAACUGCUUACUUUAUAAAGAACACCGGCCGUCAACAUUUGGCCCUUCUGACAAUUUCUGGCAGCCUCCGAGAAGAUUUAAAAAAAAUCUGCCAAGGUUCCUAAUUAGUUACGAUUUCUUAUGCCUGUCGCCGUCCUGGAAAGAUCUUUUACCUGAUCAGAAAAAAUAUUUGUGACACGCUUGUUGUACACGUUCAGCAGUGAUAUUGCUCUUUGUAGGACACUCUUCACAAAAUCGUCGUACCAAUAUACUGCCUGGCCGUGGAAAUGGCUGACAAUGAAAAACAGGCAAAAUUGACGCGUGUGCUUGAUCUGUGGGACACGAACGGCUACUUACCGCCGGAUGUCCUCAAAAAUAUGCGGUUGCCGGACUGUGAUGAAUUCCUUCGCAAGUGGAAGGAAGAGCAAAAGCAGGUGAGAGGCCUACAUGUCGCUCGCAGUUGUACUUUAUAAAAAACUUCACUUACAGUCAGCCUGCGACUAGUCAUUGCCAUCCACCGCCUGCUCACUUUCCGCUUUAAUAAUUUUCAACGUAAAAGUUCAUUGAACGUAAACCCAUGUAGUUUUCCAAAAUCAAAAGUAACUAGUAACUUGGGUUUUUAGAGGCUUUUGCUCUCGCCAAUACGAUUUCAUUUUCGUUUUUUGUGACAUCUAAAGCUAAGAAGGGAAUUCCGGACAGUGCCAGUUGAAGAACGAUAAUGACGCAUUUUACGACAGCAAUAGCAGCUAGGCAACUUCACUAUUGCCGUCACUGUCGGGUACCCUGUGAGCCGCUUUAACAUUCAGAAACAUAAUAAUUUUUCCGACAUUGUUUUUUUACCUAUUUGUUUCGAAUGUUGAAAAGUUAUUCCUUAGAAUUAUGGGAAAGUUCACGUUUUAGUAUUGCGUAUAAAUUAUUGAAUUCUAGUUGGAGAAACAGCGCUCCAUUGCCGUAGCAUCCAGGAGGAACUAGGGACAUCUACUGGGAGACGUUCUUGCGAGCUUGAAGUCUAACUGACUUCGUUGCAGCAUUCGAAAACAUAUUUAAACAUGCUAACUGAGAAUCAAGCUUUGGUUACCAUUAACGUUUACCUACACAAGGUGCUAUCGGUGCCAGAAUUAGAGUCCACAGAUUAUGAACAGCGAUUAAACUGCGUAAUUCGAGUUCAGUAGAUCGUUAGGGAGGACGAUGGCGCUAUAUGCACAGGUUGAUAGCAGGGAAUAAGUCCCAGUUUCGGCUGAAUAACUCUGUAAAUAGACAGAAUGCCAGCUUCUGAAGCAUCAUCCAUUCAUGGGCAUGAAUUGCACCCUGUCAGGGUCACGGCAGGAUAUCUGGUCAUUACUUUUUUGAGGAAGGAGAUGGAAAUGCAGUUGCAGUGACCGACGGUUGGUGUCGAUCAGUGCUGGAAAAUUUUUUGUGCCCUGCAAUGGAGAACAGAAUAUGAUGGCGGCAUGACAAAGUAAUUGCCCUACAGUGCAGCUAAUAAGAUAGGCUUUCAAAAAGUAAAUAAUUUCGCAAAAUUCAGAUUUCAGUUGACGCCUCCAUUUUCGCCCGGUUUAACGGCAUUGGGGGUUUUUCCAUGGGACUCACUGCCCAUGGGAUGGGAUGUAUAUUGAUAAGCCUGAAGCAUUCCUGCGUCAAAUAGGGCAAUAUUCAGGGUGAAGUUCAAUCAUUGCUAAAAAUACCUCAAAAAGAUCCUGCGCCUCGAAUCGGAGAAGGGAGAUCACUUGCGCGGCACUAUUCUCCCUACAUGGUUAAAAAUUCCUGUUUUCGUACUCCAUAUCAUUAGAAAGGCGAAUAAACAUAGCCAAACAAACAUUUACUCGAUUUUUAAGUGUAAAGGCACUUAUGGGUCGCUCUAUACUAUCAUUACUGCUACCGCCACGCCGCUAUUACUACUACUGCUGCCGCUGCUGUCUGUGUACGUUUCUGCUCAUAUAUCUAUUUGCCGCGCUUGCCAAUGAUGUAGCCUUGCCGAUUUUUUGUGGGUUACUGUCUGAUUUGUCCUACUUUACCACCUUCUGCCCCUUGACCUUGAACAGAUCUGCGAAGCCAGGAUCGCGGCCAUUGAGUCUGAGCACAACGAACGCUACGAGUCAAUGCGAAAGCAGCAUGAGCAAUUCGCGGAACAUGUUCGCAAGUCCAUAGCGGCGCGCGAAGAAACGGCAUCUUCCGCAGCGACGGGCGGCAAGGCAGGGGAGGGUGUAAACGAGAGCUCUCAGCAACCAAACACUGAGGAUGUGAGGAACAAUGUUUCCGAGUCAGAAAGAAAACCCGAGGAUUUCCGCGUAGAGGAGCAUGUUCCACCACCUCCUCUGCCAUUUGACCGUCCACCGAUGCAUGUGAGUCUCUCUGUGCGCCCACACCCUUCUCCAGUCUUACCAUUGGAGCACGAUGGGUGUGGGGAAGAGAGAUUAGGGCCGAUUAUGUUCAAGUCUCUCACGCACAAGUUAACCUUGUUUUCCCCCAAGUGCUGCUAUUCCUCGUGAAGUCCGGCGAACUAAUAUGCUUCGAAAAUGAGAGAGGCAGCGUGGUACCAACCAAAGGUAAAAGUAAGCAGUAGUCGGCCCGCAAUGGCAACAACCACCACUACAACGGUGCCCAUUAUAGAUGCAGCAGCCCGCGGCAUGGUGUCGCAUCGCCAGUAUAAAGUAUCAGCAGCGUAUAUAUGUGAAGGAUUUCUCGGUAUCUGCAGCUCAUGCUACCUACCAUGCUACUUUUUAAAUGUUCAGAACCGAAGCCGCCAGGAUGUUCUUGUUCUACCUCAGCACUCAUCCUCACAUAACCUCGCGGACCUAACACACUUUCGUUUUCCCGUUUGUCUUACCCAGGACCCUAACUUUCACCCGUGGAUGUCUGCAGGCGGUCCUCCUCCGAUAAACAAUGCUGGAUACCUCCCACCUCCGGGCGAGCGUUCCGACCGCUACCCCCCUGGUGCCUACGAUCCCCCCCGACACUUUGACGGUCCACCCGGUUUUCCGCCGCCAGCACCACGCGAUCCUGAAGGCUGGCAUUAUCCCCCGGCCGGCUACCCACCACGUCGUGGCCCAGGUGACGAUGACAUGUACUACAGGGGUGGCACUGACGAUGACGGUCACUACGACUCCUACGAGAUGCGUGGAGGUCCUUAUCGCGGCGGACCCCGGGAUCGGCAUCGUGCAGAAAUGGCGCACGGGCCCGGUAUGCUGUGCUUUUUUCUUUGAAAUCCGUGCGCCUACGGGUGUUUCUACUUCUCUUUAUAUUUGACCGGCCAGAAUUUUUUUGAGUUACCUAUAAACUUUGUUUGCUCAGGUGGCAUUUACGAAGGCGAUGACUACUAUGAUGAAUAUCGCCCCUCCGAUCGCUACCAUUAUUCACGUCGGUACCCAGAGGGAGGUGGCGGCUCAUACGAAGGUCGUGACUGGGAUCACCGCGCAGGCCGUCACUCAGGCCGAUCGCCGCCACCCGCCUCAAUGCGACGCGACUCGCCCUCUUCUCUGGAACCUGACCAACAACACCACCCGCGAGCACCGUCACCGACACCCCCAGCAGCAGCGGCAGCGGCAGCACCGCAACAACAGGCUCAGCAGGCACCAGCCACUUUGCCUCCACCUCUUCCUCGGGCACCCUCCCCCAGCGACCUCGUUCCCAAAGUACCGCACUGGCAGCUGCCCGCCGGUCUGAUGCACUCUCUUAUAGCAUUACGAGACUUCGAGUUUAAGCCUCUGGACACCAGCAAACUGCGUCUCUUGCCGAUGGAACCCCCCUCGGAGCAUCUGCUUCGUGCUAUAGACGCUUUCUACUCGCCGCCCACACACGAUCGGCCACGAGAUCCAGAGGGCUGGGAGCAACUGGGUCUUUAUGAGUUCUACCGGGCUAAAGAAGAGGCGCGUCAACGACUUAACUCCAAAAGGGAGAAGCCAAAGGUACUGUUCCGUGCUCCAUUUUUUCAUGAAUUUCUGUCCUUCGUCCCACCCUCUGAUGCAUUUCAUUUUGAUAAAUGAUUGUCUUGGCAGUAGAAUUUUGUGCCCGGUUUGUUUACACUUCUUGAACUUCUGGUCUACUGCAGGCUGCCGGAAAAGAGUCCAAGCGCGUCAGAACUCUCAGUAGCAGCAGUGCGGCCAUCUCCGACACGACAACUAGUGAAUCUGAAGAGCGAAAAGAAGACGAAGAUGAAGCCGACAACGACAAGAAGAAAGAUAAAGAGGAGAGGGAGGAUGACGACAACCCGGACGCUCAUCCCUUCCGUAUGUUUGAUCGACGUUCUGUUUCCGGUGCCAACAGUCGAGGUCCACCGCAUUUGGCCUACCUAACUGCCUACCCAGUCACCGCCAUCGGCCAGGCCAUACGAACCGGUCCGGCUGCUCUACUUGCUGUUCCACCACCCAACUUUGGCCUGAAAUCUGCCGUGCCGGCGGACGGCGGUCACCAUUCUCUCAUAGCGCCAGCCAACUCCACAGCAUCGUCCAACUUUAGCGGCGAACCGUCGGGCGCGGAUCGCACCUCUGCUCUGCCAUCAAGUACGUUCGCGCCGUCACAAACGGCUGUUGCGCCGCCUGUGGGCUACAUGAACUUCCCCCCGCCACCCAUACCUGGGCCCACACCAGCAACUGGACCUCCGACGCAGUUACUCACACGUGACUCCGUGAGCUAUCGUCGUUUCGACAAUCGUCGUCGAUCGCGCUCCCGAUCAAGGUCGCGUUCGAGGUCCCGCUCCUACUCUCGCUCGCCUUCGAGGUCUCGGUCAUCCGGGUGGGUUCGUCUUUUAGUGGUAGUGAAAUUUACUACGACAUUUGUCUGAUAAUUUGGUAUAUCUCACCUUGAGCUGCAUUUAAAAAAAAACAACUGCGAAUUUGGUUUUAGGUCCCGGUCCAGGUCACGAUCUCCCUCGCGAUCACGGUCCCGCUCCUCACGUAGCCGAUCUGGCGAUAACGGCGGAGAUCGCCGCUCAGAUCGGGGUCGUUCCCGCAGCCGAUCUAGGUCGAGAUCACAGUCGCCCACCGAAUCACAAUCCUCACUAUCUCGAUCACGGUCUCGUCAGGGUGGUGGGUCCGUCACCACCGCCGGCUUCAUGCGGCGUGACCAAAGGAAUCAAGCCAAGUAGGCUGACAUCCCGUUUCUUUGGGCUAUUUUGCUUCCCUCGAGCUCUACGUUCUUCUGUUUUCGUUAGGUCGUGUACAAUUUUGGCGUAGGCCUAAUGUCAGCAGCUCUUUUGCUUCAUUUGAAGCCCACUUACUUUCUGCCUUCCACACAUUCAGCUCGCCCCGACCGCCGCGUGGCUGGGGUGGCAACUACGACUAUGGACCGCCAAACAUGGGCCCGUACGACGGAGGACAUGGGGGUCCGGGCAUGCAUCAACCCGGUAUGAUGCCGCCAAAUCAAAUGUUUGGUGGUUACCACCAGGUAUGCUAUUUCCUGUCAAUAGAGAUCAUCUCCUAUCUCUGGCUUCUUCUUCUUCUUCUUCUUCUUCUUCUUCUUCUUCUUCUUCUUCUUCUUCUUUCACUGCGUUGUUGGGUGAGGGGUAAUGAACCCAUCUGUCCGCAAAAUUUCUGCUUCUUUAGCCGUAUGGACCUGGCGGUGGUGGUGCAGGCGGCUAUCGAGGCGGUGGUUACGGCAACGGACCUCCACCGCCCAUGGGGGGACCCCGCGGUGGCGCAAUGGGAGGCCCAAUGAUGGGACCAUAUGGCUGUGGCGGCUACGGGUACGGAGGUGGUCCUCAAUCUGGAGGCCGCAGACCUGGUGGCGGCUACGGCGGCGGUCGAUGA